AUGAAACCCGCAACGCGUGCACUCCGUCGGCUCCCUCCCUCUGCCGACGACUCGCGACGUCUUCAACCUCCUCGGCUCGACCAUCCCAAACCACAUCCGGAGCAUCCCAGACGGGGAGCCCUCGUCCUGCGGCAACUUUGUCUUCUUCCAGCGCGAGCUCUUCCUACCGUACCCGCAGCUCGUGAACACAAGGCACUACCCGACCGGCAGCCCCUCCGAGAUAUCGACGAGGUGACGCGGUACCUGGAGGAGCGGCUGGAGACGGGCUACGACACGGCGGCGAUCGAGUCGUAUCGAGUCUUUACAGAGAUGCGCGCCGCGGGCUCCGUCCCAGCGGACGUCAAGUUCCAGGUCUGCAUCCCGACGCCGCUGAACGCGCUAACCUCGGCCGUUGCCCAGAAAUACAAGGCAUUCGAUCUCGCCGUGCAGAUUGGCUGCGCCAACGAAUUCGCCGUGCUGGAGGAGACGUGGAAGCGGGUGCCCCGGAUGGAAGGGAGCAAGCCGUGGUGGUGCGACGUCGACGAAGACGGAGACCGCGAUGGAAAGAAGGACAUCCGCGACGUCGUGUUCCGCGGCGUGGUCGACCGUGUAGUCUUGUUCGCCGGCGCUUACCACAUCGCCGGCGACGUGGAGCUGGGCUUCCACUUCUGCUACGGCGACUUCGGACACAAGCACUUCAUCGAGCCGCGGGACAUGGCCAUGAUGGUGCGCACGGCCAAGGCGAUUCGGCCUCGUCUCAGCCACAAGGUGGACUACAUCCAUAUGCCGGUACCUAAGGAGCGGGACGACGCGGCGUACUUUGCGCCGCUGAGAGAACUGCUCCCGCUGCUCCGGACGCACGGCACGCUGCUGUAUCUGGGCUUGGUCCGGGAGAGGGACGAAGAGGGCACGAAGAGGCGUCUGGAGACGGCGCGCAGCAUUAUCGACGCCGACCCCAUUAGCAGAAGCACCAGCGUGAGCAGUAGUACUGCCGACGACAGCGCCUCCGGGCCUAUUGUCACAUGGGGUAUCGCCACCGAGUGCGGCAUGGGGCGGAUGAAGAGCGACGAUGUGCCCGGGACAUUGGAGCUGAUGAAGAAACUCGCAAGUCCGAUAACACGUUAA